UCAAGUUCCAGAGGGGGCGUGUCCCGGCCGGAGGUGGAGUCGCCGUUUCAUUUAAAUCCCCGACUAUAAAAUGGGCUCAAGGCGAAGCGGGAUCUCAGCGGCUAAGCCUCUCGGAGGAGUGGUGGUGCUGGUGGUGGUAGUGGGAGCCAGGGCGCCCCUCCGGCCAGCGUGCGCGCCCGGCCCCCUCCUCCUCGCCGCCGCCGCGAUGCUACACUCCCUCGGCGCCCACACCUUGCAGGCGCUGACCCAGGCGGCCGCCUGCCUGCUGCUCCUGCCCCGUUUCCUCCUGACGGCCGUGAUGCUCUGGCUCCUGGAUUUCCUGUGCAUUAGGAAGAAGCUGCUGCUGUCGGCGGCGGCGGCGGCGGCGGCAGCAGCCCAGGAGGAGGAAGAGAAGGCGGCGGCGUCGCCUGCGGCCGCCCGCGUCUCCCCUCCCGACGACCCGCCGCUCUGCGUGUCGGACUCGAACCGCAUGUUCACGCUGGAGUCGCUGAAGGCCGUGUGGCACGGGCAGAAGCUGGACUUCUUCAAGGCGGCGCACGUGGGCGCGCCGGCGCCCAACCCGGAGGUCGUCCAGCUGGACGGGCGGACGCGGCUGCGCAUCCUGGACUACGCCCGGGGCGAGAGGCCGCUGAUCCUCAACUUCGGCAGCUGCACCUGACCGCCCUUCAUGGCGCGCCUGCGCGCCUUCCAGCGCCUGGCCGCGCGCUUCGUCGACAUCGCCGACUUCCUGCUGGUCUACAUCGAGGAGGCGCACCCGUCCGACGGCUGGGUCAGCUCCGACGCCGCCUACGACAUCCCCAAGCACCAGUGCCUGCAGGACCGCCUCCGGGCCGCCGUCCUGCUCCGGGAAGGCGCGCCGGCCUGCCCCCUGGCCGUCGACACCAUGGACAACGCGUCGAGCGCCGCCUACGGGGCCUACUUCGAGCGCCUCUACAUCAUCCAGGGGCGGCGGGUCAUGUACCAGGGCGGGCGCGGGCCCGAGGGCUACAAGAUCGCCGAGCUCCGCCGCUGGCUCGACCAGUACCAAAGCCGCCUGCAGAACGGGCCCAGCACGGUGGUCGUCCACGUGUAAGGAGGCGCCGCCCGGGACCACGGGGUUGGGGACCCCGGGGGGGGAAGGGAGGCUCUCUCUCUCUCUCUCUCGCCCCCGCAGGCCCCCUGGGUGACUGAGUUUGCCAUGCAAGACGUGCCCAGAGAAGAUUCGAAUCAUGUUGAUUUGCCGAACUCCUCCCCUUUAACGUUCAGUUCCAAAUGCAUUUUUGUUUGGGUCGUGCGAAUGUGUGCAAGAAUCUCUCUCUCGGUCGGGGGAGGGGGAAGGGAGAAGUGUUUACGGUUUUUUUGUUGUUGUCGUUAAAAAAAAAUGGAAGUUUCUGGUCCAUGUGGGUGCGCACGUGUCUGUGUGAGUGUGUUUCCCCGAGAGAUCCGCCCU